AUGGGGGCCCUGGACAGCGUAGUCUUGGAAACCACGACAUCCAGGACCCCCAGAUACCUCACCCCAGACGCUGGGCACCAACAGGCUCCUUCUCCCCAGCGCCCAGCCCCUUAUCAGGAAAGGAUUUGGGUUGGUGGGGAGGAGGAAGUCCGAGGCCCCUGGCUCAGCAAGGUGGGUAGGAGAGAUAGGGAAGUGGGGAGGGGGCCACGGGAGUCCUGCUGGGAGGGCCAGAGGCCAGAAGGGAUGCCCAGAGCCAGCGUUGGGGGGUGGGGUUUGCCAAGCGCUGUCCUUGCUCCCGGCCCUGCGACAUGGUUCCAGGGCUGCUCCUGCCUUCCAUCCUUGCCAGGCAAGACGCCGGCACCUUUAAUUAGCAAGCAGCAGCCUCUCCCCGAUUCAUCACAGUCACUGUUUAAUUAG